AUGGCAUCGACACAUCCUGCACAGGCCCAACAAGCGCGCCAGCAAACCGACUUUCGCCGACGAACCCUCCUCCCGUCGACACUGAACAACCUCCGCAACGCAAGCUCGAGCGGGCUCGACUUGACCUCGGACGAGUACCUGGACAAGCAGGAGGAGGAGCUGAACCGCAUCGUCGACCAGAAUGUCGAACAGCUUGUCGAAGGGAUGAAGGAUCUCGUCGCACUUGCCAGGAUCGAUCCAGCACACCCGCCUCACCCUUCCGCAUCCGCCCACCGCGCCCUCACCUCCUCGCUGAAAACGCAGCAAAUGUUGCGCUCGGCACACGCUCUCCUCGGGCUCGCCAACACGCUCAAGCUGCUGCAUCUGUUUGGGGACCAGGAGGCUGGGGAUGAGGUGCGCGAACGGAGGGAGCGCGAAUUGAGGGACGAGAUUGCGCGGUUGAAGCAGCGAGCGAGCGAGUUGGCAGGCGAGGGCGCCAAUGGGCUGGGUGCUGCUGCGCCGCUAUGA